GACUGUUGACUGUUGCACAGGUAGUCUUUAGUCUCUGUAUAUAAAUAGCUCUCGCGUUCCCGUUGUCUUCGUUUAGCUUUGUUCUCUGUAACCGCUGUAGGGCGUGGACCGACUGAGAGCAUAAGAGAGGAAACCAAAGAAGAGAGAAAAAAACAUGGAAACAAUGGCUCAUUCACUUAAGACAGAAGCUGAAGAGAGACCCUCAAAUCUGCAGCAGAGAGCAGAAGAGAAAGAACACACUUUCAGGUUUUGUUUCGACACCGAGUCUGAUCCAGUUUUUGUGUCACGUAAUACAUCCAUGACUGUGCUUGAUGCCCUUGGUGCAUGCGACACUUUCUGUGUGAAUAAGAAUGUAAGCGACGAGAAGAAAGAAAUAGUCAUCCUGAGAGCUGAUGGAGCUGCUGUGAAGACAGACUUCCCCUGCUGUCUUAUUAAAAAACAUGAGCUCUUAAAAAUAACCUUCAUCAAAAAGGAAAAAAUAACUGUUACAGCACAAGAGACACAAAAAAGACUUUCAAGGACAGACCUAGUCACAUUUUACAUUAAAACGACAGGAAAGAAGUAUAUGAAAUUCAUAAUGAAAAAUAAUGAACUGAGAGACAAAACGGAGUAUGUUUGUGUUUAUGCAUUCAAAGGAGAGGAAGUUGAAACUGCUCUUAUGCGUGAUGGACGAUUCAGUGAUACAAUUUACCAGAAACUCUGUGUCCUCACUCUGGAAUCUAGAGAAGGAGAAAAGAUGAAAAAAUCAAGGUAUGAAAUGGCCAACCUUGUUGAGCAUCUUGAGAAGAAGACAUUUCAGAUAAUUGCUAUUGCUGACAAACGGCCAGAUAACCAAAAGAAACAAACUCAAGUCAAGACUGCUGAUUCAGCACAAAAUGACCCAGUCCAGCAUCCCAACAGCACUGAACAAAAAACACUUCAAGAGAGAGAGACUAAUUUAGCAGGUCCUUCAACUACAGGGCAUGCAACACCAAAUACUUAUGGAAAUGCUACUGGUGAUUCUGGAAAUUCUUUUUCCACUGACAUUCAGAAGUUUCUCGAGUCUCUGUGUGAAGAUGUGUUGAAGAAGCUAAAACAGCGAAAGAACCCCCAAAUUCAAAAGUUCAUCCAAGAAGAAUAUGACAAAGGUGUUCAAUGUUUCACUGAGGUGAACAAAGUGAGGCAGAUCAUGACACUCUCUGACUCUGUGUGUAUGAUUAAAGUUGAGAAUUCUGCCAGUGGAACCGGCUUCUUAGUCUUUGACAGAUUCAUCCUCACUAAUGCUCAUGUUGUUAAGGACUGUGUUCAUUCCCCACCAGAGCAUCCUCACCUAAUUAAGCUUUCGAAGACUCUGACGGCUGUAUUUAAUUAUGAAGUUUCAGGAUCUGAUGCAAAAGUUCUGUCAGUAAAAGAUGACGUUGUUGCUUAUGGUUAUGAAACGAAUGACAGGCGCAGAUUCCAUGAUUUUGCUCUUCUUGAAUUGGAAGCUGCACCUGAAGACUGUACUGAAUUGUUUGAAUGCUAUAAGCAUGUCUUCCCUCCUAACCGUGGUGGGAUCUACAUUGUGGGACAUCCAGAUGGUAACAUUAAGAAGAUGGACCCUUGCUUCAUCAUUGGGAGUGAGAAUCAAUUACAAAAUAUAAAUCAACACAUAUCCGAGAAUGUUUCCUGUCCAUAUGUAACAUGGCAAUGUUGGCCGUAUCUACAUCAGAACCGGAUCACCUAUAACUCUUGUUUAUUUCAUGGAUCUUCUGGCUCCCCGGUGUUUGAUGAACACUGCUGUCUGAUUGGUAUGCAUUCUGGUGGCUUUGACUACACUGAAGUUGAGAAAACUAGGAGUGUUAUUGAAUUUGCCUAUUCCAUGCCAUCCAUCAUGGAUGCUAUUGUCACACAGGUCAAGACAAGAAGUGACAUUUUAAAAUUACUCUAUAAAUUUAAAUCUAUACAUGAAAAUUUUGACCUUGGGCCCCUUGAGGAUACAUGUGGAGCAAACGUGCCUGUAAAUGAAGAAGAACAGAGUGAGGAAGUUAAAGCAAUGGAAGUAGACUAAUGAAACUCCUCGAGUCCUUGAGUACUGAUUGAUUUCUGUAGCUACCUGGGAAAUAUCUGUCAGAGACUUGUCAAUACCAUUGUGGAUUUUUAUUUUCAUAUUUUCAUGUGAAUGGUGUGUCCCUGAAAUCAUUCUAAAAAUCUGAAAAGAUUCUGCGUGAUCAGCUUAAUUUACUGGGCAUAAAGCAGGAAGUGAACCUCUCAGAAAAUCUUCAAAAGGUUCUUCAGAGCAGAAUAUGAGUGUAAAAGGGUUCACUGAGGUGAAGAAUCAAAGCAGCAGCCUAAAAAUCUGACCGAUAUUUGUCAAUGUCAUUAUGGGACAGAAUGAUAUUCAAAUGAUUUUUAGAGAUGAUUCAUAUGCAGAAGAUCUUAUUUUUAAUAAUUGGUUAUAGAAUAAAGCACUAUUAGGCCUGCUGGGAACUGAAGGAUUUUCUGAUAAUGAUUUGUAAAAUCUUAUGGUUGCUUGUGGGUCUGUCUCAUGCCAAGAGAGCAAAACGGUGAACAUUAUUCAUUUGGCAAAGACCAAAGAAGUUAUAGUUCAAUCUUUAUUGUAUAUUCUUUACAUUUUUAUUCAUAUAUACUUGUGUAUUCAUAUACAUGCUCAUUUAACAAAUCAUUCACUCAUAUAUUCUUUAUACUCAUUUUAUAUAUUCUUUUUUACUUUACAUUUAUGUUGAUGUUUUAAAGUGAUUUACAUUGAUUGUUUUGUUUUUGUUGUAAGGGAUCAUGUUCAAGCUUCCAUUUUAACCAUCUUUGAAUCACACAAAUACACCAAAUUAACCAAUAUGAACUAUUGUAAUGAGAAA